AUGCGCGCGCCGGGCGGCCGGGCGUUGCCAUGGAGGCCGCGGACGAGUGGCUGCUGCAGUCGCUGCGACUGUACCGCGACCUGCACACCUUCGAGCUCCAGGCGCCCACCCGCCUCAUCGAGUGGGCCCGCGGGAACCGUGUCUGUGUAGCCGGGUAUGGACAGUCUGAUGGGAACGAGAUCCUGCAGCUGAUCCCACCGCCAACGCUGCUGACAAAGGAGACCCAGGGCCUGUGUCCAGAGAGAGAUUUCAAGGUAGAAUGUGGUGGAUUUUCAGAGCGCCCAGUGUACAGCCUGAAAUAUGUGCCGGACACCAGCUUGCUGGUAACCAGUGGCCCACCCAACAGCUCCCUCCAGGUCUGGCAGGUGUCAGCAGAGAACUCUGAUGUUAUUAAAUCUGUAAGCACCAUAGCAACAGAAAAUGGCACUGGGCAAUCCUGGGCUAAAAUUGCCACCAUUUCAGCCAGAGCCCCAUGGGUCCUUCAUGGCUCAAGACUUGACAGAGUCCAAAUUACAGAGGUUGAAUCAAGGAAAAAUGUCUACACAGCAGGUAUUCAAGCUUCCAGAGGCAGCGAGGAGCUCAGCAACCUGGCCUUCCUGGACUGCAACACGGCGCUGCUGUGCUGCGCCACAGGCCGGCUGUGCCUGGCCGACACCCGGCAGCCGCAGAGCCUCGUGGAGGCCGCGUCGGUGCCCUCGGCGCCCUGCAGCGAGCAGUGGUGCAUGGGCACCAGGCAUGCAGCUCAGGGCUUGGAGCCCAGCUCCCAGCCUGUGGCUCGCCUCUCGAGCAGGGGGCUCCUAACCCUGACAGACCUCAGGAAAACCUCGGAGCUCUUGGCCUUGGCGAAGGCCAGAGUCCCCUCUCCUGGCUCAGAGUUCCUGUGCAUCUCCUGGGCUCCUGCUCUGGAAGGCUACCUUGCCAUUUCAGGUUUUGAUGGCACCGUGCAUGUGUAUGACACGCAGAGCUGGGACAGCUCUGGCAGGGAAGCAGAGCCCAUCUUCGUUCACAAAGGCCACGCAUUUGGCGGAGCAGGUGGCAGUGGGGACUCUCCCCUGGUCACUGUGCACACAUGGCACCUGCAGAAACCCAGAACUUUGUUGUCAGCAGCAAGUGAUGGUUCCUUGCACGUCUGGGACUGGGUUCAGCCCUGUGGGAAGUGUGGGUAGGUGGUGUUUUGGUGAGAUGGGGCAUUUCCUGCCUCUGCUCUAGUUUGCGUGGGCUGCAGGGUGUAUGUUUGCCUGCAGAUACCGUUUGGAGACUGUUGCAGUGAGCAGAAAAACUGUAAAAUUUCUAUUUUAAUAAUAGUAAAAAUUUUGGCUGUUACUUGUU